AUGGAGUCCCUGCACACUACGAGUUUGGCCUUCGUUGUUGGCCCUCAUGCAGUUUUGUGUAUUCUUUUCGCAUUCCUGGUAUUCUUGACUGCAUCACAUGAAGCCGAGACUUCUUCCUUCACCAUUUCUUCUCUGAUAGCCACACGGCUUGCCUGUAGUGAUUUUAAAAGGAGCACACCCCAUUGCUGUGCGUGGUUUCAAACGCCCUUUAAAUACAGAACGCGCCAGAUUCCCAGGCAGGAAUACAGCAGCAGCAGCAGUGAAUGCAGCGCUUCAUUUCCCUCUAUAAUGCGAAACGUCUACGUCUCUGACACGAAGUGA